CCCGGAAGCGUUGAGAUGUCGAACGGGUGUCUCUUCCCUGACAACCACGUGCUCGAGGGACCACAACACUGUUUCCUCGCCUCCUCAUUGGUCCACCGGUGAUUACGGGGGAUCGGAUUAAACAAGGCGGAGGUGUUGACCAGAAUGAGUUAAACCAAAGUUGGGAGUCUCGCUGUGAGGAGUGCGACCCGAGGCUGGGGGCAGACAUGGUGGAGGUGUUCACCGGGAGGACCCUCCUCAACAAGGACGGGGACUUCGUGGACCCGGAAGAGGCGCUGAGGAACAAGGUGGUGGGGAUCUACUUCUCCGCCGGGUGGUGUCCGCCCUGUCGGGACUUCACCCCCGUGCUGUGCGACUUCUACACGGAGCUGGUGGAGGAGGGAGAGCCUCCGGCCCAGUUCGAGAUCGUGUUCGUCUCCUCCGACAAGUCCAGCGACGACAUGGUGGAGUAUUACCACGACAUGCACGGAGACUGGCUGGCUCUGCCCUGGACGGACGAAUACAAACAUGAGUUGAAGCAGCGUUUCAAUAUCACGGCGGUGCCCAAACUGGUGAUCGUGAAGGAGAACGGUGAGGUGAUCACGGAAAAGGGCCGGAAACAGAUCAGAGACCGAGGCCUGGCCUGCUUCAGGACCUGGCUGGACGCUGCAGAGGUCUUUCAGAACUUUAAUGGUUAGGAGACGUCUUCACGUUGAGAAACCACAGCGAGACCUGAGCGAAACAGGGCUAAAAGGGAUCGGAAUGACCUAGAAGCAUUACUGUUACACAAUAAUCUGUUUAAUUUCGAUUUCUCUCUCUUGUUUGCUUUUUCUGGUUAAAUAUGGGACACCUAAACUCUUAAGCACUGUACAAUCCUUCAAAAGGAAAGAGUGAACUCCUCACAAGUCAUGAUUAGAUCUUUUUAGUUUCUUUUUAACCAACAAUCCUAUGCAUUUAAGAGAAAUCUCAGGCUUUUCUGUCGUUGGUCUUUAGGAAAUCUGUUCCUCAGCUAUAGUACUUUUGCAAUUCGUUAAAAAGGAUAUUGAACUUGUGUUCUUUAUAAGCUAUUGCACUAAUUGAACAUAGAGCUUGCCUUUGUAUGUUUCCAAAAGUUUGACUAGUAGUUCUACAUUGAGCUGCCUGUAUAUUUUUUAUAUCCUGUUUUUUUUAUGAGUUGCUAAGAAUGUUAAUUGUUAAAAUAUACAUAUAUAUUCUGUGA